AUGGCCAGAAAACAGUCGCUUUCUAGCCAUUCGGGUCCCGGCCGUCCGGGUUCCAGCCAGCCGAGGUCCAGCCAAUCGAGGUCCAGCCAGCCGAUGAAAUCGAUGGCAUCCCGCAAGCUGUUCGAGAGGGAGCUUUUCGGAGAUACCGACGACAUGGACAUUGAAAACGGCCCUGGUUACGACAUUGGCGUAGACGGUGGAAAGGACAAUGCUCGUCAUCCCCAUUUCUUCAACCAACUGUCCUGUGGCUUGGACGUGAUUUCGAUGGCAGGUGAAUGGCUCACAGCCACGGCCAACACAAACAUGUUUACGUAUGAAAUUGCACCAGUGUUCAUCCUGAUGGAAAAUGUGGUCCUUUCGAAGAUGCGGGAAAUCAUCGGCUGGAAGGGAGGUGACUCGAUUUUGGCUCCCGGUGGCUCGAUUUCCAAUCUGUACGCCUUCCUGGCCGCCCGUCACAAGAUGUUCCCGGAUUUCAAAGAGCAUGGAGCCCGUGCCUUACCCAGUGAGCUGGUGAUGUUCACCUCCGAUCAGUGUCACUACUCCAUCAAAUCGUGUGCCGCCGUUUGUGGCCUUGGAACCGACAACUGUGUCUCAGUGCCCUCGGAUGAGCACGGCAAAAUCAUUCCGUCGGAGCUGGAGCGUUUGAUUCUGGAGCGGAAAGCACGCGGCCAGAUUCCCUUCUUUGUGAAUGCCACAGCCGGCACAACGGUACUCGGGGCCUUCGAUCCGCUCAAUGCAGUGGCCGACAUCUGCGAAAAAUACAACUGCUGGUUCCACAUCGAUGCCGCUUGGGGUGGCGGCCUAUUGUUGUCUAAGAAGUACCGUCAUCCAAGGUUCUCCGGAGUUGAGCG